AUGAACAUUGAACACGUCAAAAUCAGUUUUUAUUCAUAGCGAUUGAUACGAAAAGAUGUUUUGAAGAUGUAUUUGUUGAUAUUAAAUUGGUUUUGGAGUGCCUAGGAUUUACCAUUAAUUAACAAAGUAAAAUUUCAGUGCACAGGAUUACAGAAGAACUCAAAAUGAAGGCUAUUCUUGCAACAGUGAUUAGUCUUGCACUCACGACUGUGGUUAUUGGCAAUGCCUAUUACCAGAAAAAGCAGUUUUAUCCUUCGAUAGUGUAUUUAACUAACUCCAAUCCUAGCAUGGCAGUGAUGUACUUGCAAGCUUUUAUACUUGUUCUCCUGAUAGGCAAGCUGUUGCGGAAAAUAUUCUUUGGGCACCUUCGUCCUGCAGAAUUUGAGCAUUUAAUAGAAAGGUCAUGGUAUGCAAUCACAGAAACCUGCUUGGCAUUUACGGUAUUUAGAGAUGACUUCAAUCCAAAGUUUAUUGCACUAUUUACUCUCCUGCUGUUUUUGAAAGCAUUCCAUUGGCUUGCCGAAGACCGUGUGGACUAUAUGGAGAGGAGUCCAGUAAUUGGCUUGCUAUUUCACGUUAGAAUUUUGAGUCUGUUGGUGUUGCUAGCUCAGGCAGACUUCUACUUUAUUCACCAUGCGUACCAGGUCACCGCCUCCAAAGGGCCAUCCGUGCAACUUGUGUUUGGCUUCGAGUACAGCAUACUGCUAAUCAUGAUUGCCAAUAUUUUGAUCAAGUAUGUGCUUCACGCCAUCGACUCGCGAUGGGAGACGCCAUGGGAGAGUAAAGCCGCGGUUCUGUUGUACACUGAGCUGGCGAUCAACUUUCUCAAAGUGCUUCUGUACCUCGGCUUUGUGGCCGUAAUGGUUCGCAUCUACACCCUGCCGCUGUUCGCCUUCCGACCCAUGUACGAGACAAUGAGGAGCUUCAAGAAGGCCUACAACGACGUGGUGUUGUCGCGGCGCGCGAUCCGCAACAUGAACACCCUGUACCCAGACGCGACAGCCGCCGAGCUCGCCGCCGCCGACAACGAAUGCAUCAUAUGCCGCGAGGAGAUGCACUCUGGUGAGCAGAUGUUUCUAUUGUCACACCACAGGCGCUUCAAGAAGGCCUACAACGACGUGGUGUUGUCGCGGCGCGCGAUUCGUAACAUGAACACCCUGUACCCAGACGCGACAGCCGCCGAGCUCGCCGCCGCCGACAACGAAUGCAUCAUAUGCCGCGAGGAGAUGCACUCUGGUGCAAAGAAACUGCCGUGCAACCACAUAUUCCACGCGGCGUGCCUCCGACUGUGGUUCCAGCGGCAGCAGACGUGCCCCACGUGCCGGCUGAACGUGUUGCGCGCGCCCGCUCCCGCCGCCGAGCCCGCCGCCGCCGCCGCCACGCCGCCGGGUGCGGUGCCACCCGCCGCCGCCGUGCCGCCGCCUUUCCCGCAGAUGCCGCCGCCGAUGAUGGCGUGGGGCAUGCCCCCUCCCCCGCCGCCGCGGCCCGCGUCGCUCGGCAACCUCAGCAUGGCUGAACUCCAGCGCAUGGAAGGCAACGAACGCAGGGCCGUUGAAGCUAGACUACAGUUGCUACGCGAGAUCCAAUCGAUGCUGGACGCGUCGGUGCUGCUGAUGCAGCAAUACUCCUCCGUGGUGGGCUCGGUGGCGCAGAACCACGUCACCAUCGGCACGCAGACGCUCGAAAUGGGUCGAACAAAGGAUGAACCCGAUACGAAGCCAAAUGUGAAGAGCGAGCCAGACGUGGUGCCGUCGACGUCGAGUCAGCCUUCGACGAGCCAGCAGCCCUCAAGCAGCCACCAGCCCUCGCCAGUCCCCUCCACGAGUGGCGUCAAGACUGAGCCGCUGAUUGACAGGCCGCACGCUGACGGCGACUCUGGAGACAAGACUGAUGCUGAUGCGGAGGAACUGCGAAGACGCCGACUGCAAAAGUUCACGCUGGAAAAAUGAGCUUGUUGACUAUGUUCUCUCGUUCCACACCUAUCUUACUGUUAUUUAAUGUACAAAGUGUCUCUGUAUGUGUAAGCAUUGUGUAUUCUAAUCAAAAUAUGUGUAUUUAUGUUCUUGUAAAUAUAAUGCGAUAUAUACAUGAAUACAUAA